AUGGGGCUGCAGGAGCUGGUGAGUCCUGGAAUCGGCAGGUCAGAUGGCAGGCCACUGGCUCAAGUUCCAAGGAACCAGAGGUCAGACAGUGAUGAGCUGGAUGCAGGACCCAGAUGCAGAGAGACAUCCACCGGAAUACCCACACAUGAGGAAGCAUCUCCCUACUCUUUGGUCGAUAUCUGUUUAAACAUCCUAAUUGCUAACCUGGAGAAAUUGUGUUCCAAAAGACCUGAUGGAACACUGUGCCUUCCAGAGCAUUGGAGUUUCCCUCAGGAAGUGGCUGAUCGAUUCCUUGGAGUGAUGACUUGGGAAGGCAAGCUGACUGAUAGAACAGCAAGCAUUUUCCAAGGCAACGAAAUGAAACUGAAGCUGGCCAAUAUCCAAAAAGCUAAACUUUCUACAGCUGCGUUCAUAAAAGCCUUCUGCCAUCACAGGCUCAUUGAACUGGAUGCUACUGCAGUGCACGCAGACCUUACGGUUCCAGAUAUUGUAAGUGGACUGUGCAGCAAUAGCUGGAUCCAGCAAAACCUUCGGUGUCUCCUAUUGGACUCAACAAGCAUCCCUGGAGAUUCAAGAAAACUGUGCUUUGGUCAGCUCACUGGUCUUCGCAUUUUAAGUGUUUUCAGUGUUUGUUUUCAUAAUGAAGACCUAGCUAAUGUUUCUCAGUUACCAAGACUGGAGAGCUUGGAUAUAUCCAAUACCCUGGUCACCAACAUCUCUGCACUCCUCACCUGCAAGGACCGACUCAAAUCCCUCACAAUGCACUAUCUGAAAUGCCUGACCAUGACCAAACCACAAGUUCUCGCAGUCAUUAGAGAACUUAAAUAUCUGGUUCACCUUGAUAUUUCUGAUCACAGGCAACUCAAAUCAGACCUGGCUUUUCAUUUGCUACAGCAGAAGGAUAUCCUGCCUAAUGUUGUAUCACUGGAUAUUUCUGGGGGCAGUUGCAUCACUGAUGGAGCUGUAGAACUGUUCAUUCAGCAGCGGCCUGCAAUGCAGUUUGUGGGACUGUUGGCUACGGAUGCUGGUUAUUCUGACUUCUUUACUACAAAGCAAGGCUUGAGGGUUGCUGGAGGAGCCAAUAUGAAUCAGAUUUCAGAAGCACUGAGCAGAUACAGGAAAAGGUCAUGUUUUGUGAAGGAAGCCCUCUACAGGCUCUUCACAGAGACGUUUUCAGUACAGAUAACCAUGCCUGCUAUUUUAAAGCUUGUGGCUAUAGGAAUGAGGAAUCAUCCAUUGGAUUUGCCAGUGCAGUUCACAGCCAGUGCCUGCACCCUCAACUUAACACGCCAGGGCCUCGCCAGGGGGAUGCCUGUUCGUCUGUUGUCAGAGGUCACCUGUCUACUUUUCAAGGCCCUGAAAAAUUUCCCCCAUUACCAGCAGUUACAGAAGAAUUGUCUUCUCUCCUUAACCAAUUCGCGGAUUCUUGUGGAUGUUCCAUUUGACAGAUUUGAUGCUGCCAAGUUUGUAAUGAGAUGGUUGUGUAAGCAUGAAAAUCCCAAGAUGCAAACAAUGGCAGUGAGCAUCACCUCCAUUCUAGCCCUGCAGCUCUCACCUGAACAAACUGUACAACUCAAGGAAGAGCUCUUCAUGGCAGUCAAAGAACUUCUAGCAAUAGUAAAACAGAAGACGACCGAGAAUUUAGAUGAUGUCACCCUCUUGUUUACUCUGAAAGCACUUUGGAAUCUAACAGAUGAGUCUCCAGCUGUCUGCAAGCACUUUAUUGAAAAUGAAGGAUUAACCAUCUUCAUCCAAGUCUUGGAGACUUUUUCGGAGUCAGCAAUACAGAGCAAAGUUCUUGGCCUUUUGAACAACGUCGCUGAAGUCAGAGAACUCUCUUCAGACCUGGUAACCGAAGAUGUGGUGAAGCACAUCAGCAGUUUGCUCCAUAGCAAAGAAAUGGAGAUCAGCUAUUUGGCCGCAGGCAUUAUAGCGCAUCUGGCGUCUGACAGACAGCCCUGGCUAUCCCGCGAGCUUCAGAGGAGUGCUCUUCUCCAGGAUCUGCAUGCAACCGUCCAGAAUUGGCCAAGUUCAAGUUGUAAGAUGACAGCAUUGGUGACCUACAGAUCUUUCAAGGCGUUUUUCCCACUCCUUGGCAACUUCUCUCAGCCAGAGGUUCAGCUCUGGGCACUAUGGGCUGUGUACCAUGUCUGCAGUAAAAACCCCAGCAAAUACUGCAAACUGUUAGUUGAAGAAGAAGGAUUACAACUUUUGUGUGAUAUACAGGAGCACAGAGGGGCAGACCCCCAAGCACUGCGGAUUGCAACUGCCAUUCUAGAUGACUUCAGAAUGCAUUUCAUGAAUUAUCAGAAACUCCUGCUCUGUGAAAUGCCCUUCACCUAAGAGGCUACAGAAAUGUUCUCUGUUCUUCCACGUUAGGUCUUCUGCCCUGUCAGCAAUUGAAUGGUGAGACUUGUUGUCAUGAGUUUGUCAGUUGGCCGCCUCGUUGGCCUUCUAUUAUUGAUUUUCUAUAAGUUACAAAGAGGUUGGAUUUGUAUAAUAAAGCCAUAUCACAAAUCAAGCUGGAAUCAUCCUGGGGAUACCCCUUCGGUAGCAAUUUUGGAAAACUGAACUGUGGACUCUGGGAAGACAUGUGAGAUGGCACUGGAACAGCUGUGCCAGUUGCUUUUCUCCAGCCCUGCCUGAUGUUUUGACUCUGGGGGUUUAUCCACGACCAACUGGGUUUAUCAGGGGAAGAGGAUCUGUUUUCCCAAUAGAGGAAAGGAAAAACCUACAGGGAGACCUUAGUGUUUGUUAAGUUUUGUGUUUAAAAAAAUCUCCUGAAUCGUUCCUGAGUAUGUACGUGAAAAAGGCUCUGGGAAAUAACGUGUGUAUAAAGGUGUUGGAUGGAAGACAGAACCUCUGUGGAGGGGCGGGAAAUUUUUUUUUAUAUAUACCAAAAUACCUUCCACUUGAGGAAUCUGUGCUGAUUCUAAAGCCUGGGCUGCUCUGUGUUACCUUCCUUUCCAAGGUCCAAGUACAACCUUGCAGCACAUUCAUAUUUAGCACCAAAUGAACACUAUUACUGGUAUAUGUCCACACCCAGGGGCUAGUGACUCCAGGCCAGGCUUACAGUUCAGAAAGGCCUAGGUAGGUAAAGCCCUCUAGGCUCAGCCAUUGCUCAGAAGCAGUUCAGUAAUGAGCACAAAGCCACAGCAUAACAUGCAGCCUGCCUUGGUACGAGAGAAGGAAGGAUAUUGAGACUAGUGUGCAUAUGUGUAUAUCAGCCCCCCUUUAUUUCUAAGUGUGUCAACCUCUUGCUCACCUUUGCUCAUCGUGUUACUGCUAACCUUUCUUUGUGCCAAAUGACUAUUCACCCUUCAAAUUUGUACUUCAGUUUACUGCCCAUUUCCUGAUCUUUCCCUCACUCCAUCAGAGUUAAUUACUACCUUUUCAGUGUUCCUGAAGACUAUUUAAUGUAGCAAAGAUUUGCCCACCAUCUGACAGUUUACAAGUUUUCCACAGUGGUGACUUCAUUUGCUCCUCACAAGAACACUGUAAGGUAAAAACAAUAACUCAUGUUUAUUUUGAAUAUGAGGAGCCCUGGUGGCACAGUGGUUAAGAGCUUGGCUGCUAACCAGAAGGUCAGCAGUUCCAAUUCAGGCAGCCACUCCUUAAAAAUCCUAUGGGGCAGUUCUACUCUGUCCUGUAGGGUGGCUAUGAGUCAGAAUCGACUCAACAGCAACAGGUUGGUUGGUUUAAUUGAAUAUGAGCUUUGUUUUGUUUUUUUUUAAUCCUCACAACAGUUUCAUUUUGCGGAUGACAAAGCUGAGGCACAGAGAGGUUAAAUGACUCGUCCAAGGUCACACAGCAGCUGACAGAGCCGAACCCACCUAUCUUGACUCAACCAGUGCUAGGUUUAUUUAUUAUCUCCAUUGUACAAAAGGAGAAACUGGAAGUUUCUUUUAACCUGUCACCAUCUCUGGUGAUUACUGAAAAGCAGAAGUCAGGGCACAGGAGCUAAUGAUACAAAGACACAGAGGGUUCUCUUUUGGUCCUUAGUAUAUCAUUCUAGUAAGGAGAGACAGAUAAGCAUCAAAGCAAACCUGACUCCAGUGAUACCUGGCCAAGGUGAGGAAUAGUGAAGGUAACAAUAGCUGGAAUAGUCAGCACAGUUUAGUACUAGGUACCACGCCAAACAUUUUAUAUCCUUUCUUGUU